UGACAUCCGGUGUCCUUGUACACGUCAUAUCCGCGCAAAUGUUGUCUUUUCCGUCGAUUUUCAAAGUGGUUAACGGCAGAUUGCGACGUUCGUUGGACGCGUCGAACGGAUUGGUUGACUCGUCCGGCUUUUGAAUCCGUUUCCCGGCGGCACCGGAGGACCUUUUGAGCGAGCUCGUCCGUCGUUAGCCUUAGCUUAGCCUCGCUUAUCUUAGCUUAGCUUUAGCCAUGCUCUCAGGCGGCGGCGGCGGCGGCGGCGCUGUUGUUGCUCUGCCGGACUCUUAAACUACUGGGCCGAGCGAGCACGCCUACUAAGCCGGUUGUCGCUCGGUCGAGUGUCCUUCGUGAUCUUCGCUCGCCAUUCGGUGGUUCGGUUCGACGCUGAUGUUGGGCGGAGACGUUUGGCUUCCCGUCGCGGUGUUCGCCUAGCGGCGUCCAUUUGCAUUCGAUCCACCGGCCCCGUCCUCGUUUAUUUGUCCCUUUCGCUCGCGUUAUUGCUCGAGGCGCGAUGGCGUCGUCGUCCGGCACCGACGACGAUCUGACGAUCCCUCGCGCCGCCAUCAACAAGAUGAUCAAGGAGACGCUGCCCAACGUGCGCGUGGCCAACGACGCGCGCGAGCUGGUGGUCAACUGCUGCACGGAGUUCAUCCACCUCAUCUCGUCCGAGGCCAACGAGAUCUGCAACAAGUCGGACAAGAAGACCAUCUCGCCCGAGCACGUCAUCAACGCUCUGGAGAGCCUGGGCUUCGCCUCGUACAUCGCGGAGGUGAAGGACGUGCUGCAGGAGUGCAAGACGGUGGCCCUGAAGAGGAGGAAGGCCAGCUCGCGCCUGGAGAACCUGGGCAUACCCGAGGAGGAGCUGCUCCGCCAGCAGCAGGAGCUCUUCGCCAAGGCGCGGCAGCAGCAGGCCGAGCUGGCGCAGCAGGAGUGGCUGCAGAUGCAGCAGGCGGCGCAGGCGGCGCAGAUGGCGGCGGCGGCCAGCGCCGCCCGGCAGGCCGGCUCCUCCCAGGACGAAGACGACGACGAUGACGCCUGAUCCCGGAAAAAGUGGGCGGACGGCGCGGGGGAAACGCCACAGACUUUGACCGCCGAUUUUCCACGCCGUCUCCUGGAAAUUCCCUUUCGUUGUGGUUGUUUGGAGACUUUUUUUUUUUUUUUCUUCUUCUUCUUGAGUAAAACGUAGACGUCGCAGUAUUACUGAUCCGUGUCACCAAAGAUGGCCGACAGACCGGCGGCCGGCAUGUUGUUCGCGUGUCAUGAUGAUGAUGAUAAGGGUCGUUUAUGUUCACUUGUUCAUUCCGCAAACUUCUUCAAGCAAUAAAUUCUUUUUUUUUUUUUU